AUGAUUGAUUCCAGUUGCUUAAGUUCUCCAUCUCUCAGACUCUGCAACCUUACAGAUCCUGAGUUUGUGUGUCGUCAGUGCUCACCCUUUUCGUCACAAGCUAUCAGCAACGAGGAUUUUGAUAUUCAAUUUGUUGAAGAAACCAUAGUUCCUGAGAUUAAAAAUGCUAUUAAACAAGACAAAAAAUCUAAAUUCGAAACAUUACCUACUCUAUUCCGUUUAAUUAUUGAUAAUUUCCCUCAAGAUGGUUCAAAUAUUGUAAAGAACGAGAUUUUUCCAGCGAUACAAUCUACAAUAAAGUUUGGUGGCGCAAGGAAGACAUCAGAUCUGACUAAGUUAGCCGUUGAAAUUGCUUCAGUUAUCCCCAGAUACUAUCGAGAUGAUAUUAUUUCCGACUUAGUUAUGAGAUAUUACUUGGACGAAGAUCCAAGCACAAGAAAUUUGGCCGUACAUCUCAUUUCCAUCGUCAGAGACUUCUGGCGAGUCCAACCAAUUCUCGAAAUUUUAUCUAAAGAUAAAUCAAAUCUUGUACGCGCAUCAGUCCUAAUGAUAUUACCAAACUGCAUGUGCGAUGAAGAUACGGUUAGAACCAUUAUUAGUCAAGCUGUUUCUGAUUCUAACCCCGGUAUCCAACAAAUUGCAGCUUCAAUCAUCGGAAAGGUUGCUCCAUGGAUGAUUGAUGAGUUCAAGGGUCUCUUGGAAAGUGUUACUACUGUUAGAUACGCGUUUCCUUCCCUUCCUGAAGUUAUUUCUCAAAAUUCUUUCGCCCAGAUUAUCGAUUCGUUUUUUGGGCACAAAGAUAGAUAA